UUCAUCAAUCAGCUGGACUAGACUUUUUUUACAUUGUGUUAAUUAUGUUCAGAGAUGCUACAGUACUGUAUUGAGGCAAUUCCCCUUAUUCAGUUAUUUGUGUGUGUUCGUUCUUUUUGGCCCUAGCCUGCUGAUGUGUAGAAAGGAAGGCUUGAGUUAUGCAAAACACUUCGAAUAGCACCGACGAAAAACAAGGAUUGCUUUCUAGAAAUGGUGUGGGAUCGAACUCAUUUGGUUAUGAAUCCCUGAACUGUGGUGUUGAUGAGGAUGAAGAUUGUGCUUCAUCAGUUGGCAGUAUUGUCACAAAGAAAUACUGGUACAGAUGGUACAUUUGUUUCAUAUUUUCAUUAUUUGGAUUGCUCCAAGGGGCAGUAUGGAAUACAUGGAGUCCAAUUGACAAAUCUGCAGAAUGUGCUAUUGGUUUCACGCAGAGCAACAUUGAUCUUCUGACAAAUUGGGGUCCGAUUACAUUUUUAAUAUCGAUGCCAUUUUUUAUGUGGUUGUUGGACAAAUAUGGACUUCGACUGCCUAUCGUUUUAAGUGCCUUUUUUACUGCCUUGGGAACUGGAUUAAGAAGUCUUCCAAUACCUGUUAAUAUACUAAAAUACUUCAUUCACGUCGGACAGAUGUUGAAUGGCAUAGCUGGUUGUGCAGUUAUGGCAGCUCCCCCACUGUUAUCUAAUGUUUGGUUUCCACCAGAAGAAAGAGUGACAGCUACGAGUAUCACAACACUUCUGAAUUAUAUGGGUACCGGUGUGGCAUAUAUAAUUGGUCCUCUCAUGGUCCAACAACCCAAUCAUACAGGAAAUGCAAGUGAUCUUCAUGGUGUAUAUCUUGCAAGCGGAUGUAACAGCACAAGUGAAGAGCAUGCAAUACGGAAAGAAAUCAUGAACUUGAUGUAUCUAGAAUUUGGAUUGAGUUUACUGACAUUUGUAUGUAUGUUAAUCUUUUUUCCAAACAAACCUCCAAUGCCACCAAGCGCAUCUGCUUCUGUUGGAAGGAUGGACUUCUUGGAAGGAGUGAAGGCUUUACGUUACCACAGAACAUUUCUUGUUGUUGCUCUCACUUUUGCACUCACACUCGGUGGUUAUGGAGGGUGGACUGGUGUGCUGAGUGUAAUUAUGAGUGAAUUACCAGUUCCUGUGUCUCAAGAUGAAGCAGGGAGAAUUGGAUUUUUCAUGACACUGGCUGGUUGUUUUUUUGGUUUACUGGUUGGCUGGUUUGCCGACAGAUUCAAAGGUCACAUUAAAGUGAUGAUUGUCGUAUUAUUUUCCAUUGCAUUUCUUGGCUAUCUUUAUUAUAUUAACAUGAGUCAAAGAUGGAUUAAGAUAAAAGGAUUUGAAUUAUCUAAUGUUGGCUUGUGGAUCGAUUGUAUAAUAAUUGGUAUAGCAAUGAAUGCAGCAGUUCCGCUUGGUAUGGAGAUGGGAGCUGAUGCUGCUUAUCCAACAAGUGAAGCCAUAUCAGCCAGUGUUAUUGUUUGGUUCUUCAACUUAUUAAGUUUUACUUUACUUCUCGUUAUGCAAUUUACAGAUGCAAAGUUGACCAAUUACCUGAUGUUAGUAUUUAUUGGGGUUUCCAUUCCUCUGCUCAUAUUCUUCUCUAAAGAACCAAGAAAUCGAAUGCAAAUUGAUAUGUCGACUUCUGUAGAUACUACUGAUAAAGACGGGGGUCGUUACUGGACCCUAAUGUGAAUGUUGAUUCCGAAUGCAGAUUUAGUAUCUAAUUCCUUAAAUAGUUUCCAGACAUCAGCCUGAUCCUCUGUUGUUGCAGAUUAUAUGUAUAUGUAUGGCAAUAAAUCUUGACAUGUACAGCGCCAGAACCAACUUUAUGGCCCAUAAGUGUAUAUAACAGUGGUAUGGCAGAGAUUCGAAAAGUUCCACAAUGAUGCAGUCCAAAAUAAUAAGAAUUCUUUUUGAUUCAAAUGUGUUUUUUCAUGUUUAGAUACUCUAAUUUGCCUCAAAAUAUUCAGCCUUCAUGCAUUAUGGCAAUCUAUAAUUGUUCUCUUCACAAAUACAAGUAAGGCAUGGAUUAAUAUUUAUUUAACUUAUAUGAAUUAUGUAAAUACAUGUUAUUACUGAUUUGAUGAAAAUGUUCCCAUUUUGAUCAAAAUCCAUCAUUGUUUCUAUUCAGACUUGCAGCUGUUCCUUUCUAAUAAAGCUUACUUGAAAAACUAACUAUUUAAAAAAGUGUUGAAAUUAAUCUUAUUUGUAAUAUUAUCUAUUUAAAUAUGGUUGAUCCCCAAAAAACAGAACCCAGGUCAUUUUUUGGGUUGCCCUGUAUAUGUCAGGAAGAGAUGUUAUUGUUCAAUACUUAUUUCAUAAUUGUGUGUUUUGAUUACUAUUGGUUGAAGUCUAUCCAUAUUUAUAUUAUUCAGUAAUUAAAUAUUUUUUUAAUAAUACGGAAAGAUUUAAAUGAAUGACGGAGCAAAUAUUUUUACCGAAGUGCCCUUAUUGUCACUGUGUACAAUUUGUGUUAAAUUGUUUUUGAUUGCUUCAUAUGAUUUAUUUAUAAUUACUUUCCUAUUUAUUGAAAGAUGUGACUUGAAAUAUAAAAAGGGUAAAUAAAAGAGAGCGAAAAUG